ACACAAGUUGAGAUUUGACAUUUGUGCGAGUAUACAUUUCAAACACUUUCCUAUUAUUAUUUCCAGGAUUUCACACGUUUUCUAAUAAUUUACAAAAACAUGCCUUCCGAGGAACAAAAGCCCGUUGUUGACACCCCAGUGAAAUCUUCCAUGGAAAUCCUAUCCGAGCUCUUCAACAGUUUCGACGCUGAACCUCCUUUGAUAAUCAAAAAGGAAAAAUCCGACUCGCCCAAAAAAAGCAAAAAGAGCAAGAAGAAGCAUAAACACAAAGAGAAAAAACACAAGAAGAAAGAAAAGAAGAAAAAACGGGAGAACAGCGUUUCGAGCGAAAGAUCUGAGAUUGAUUUGGCUGAAAUAUUGAUCAAACAGGAGAAAGAAUCGUCCGAGAAGAAAAUCAAAAUUGAGGGGACGGAUAUUAGUUUUAAUCUUGCUAGUAUAAAGAAGGAGGGAGAGGAAAAGAGUGACAAGGAGAAAAGUGAGAAGAAAGAUAGGACGAAAGAUGGUUUGGAGAAGAAUCUUGAAGAGGGAGAGGUGGACUCAGGAGAUGACAAAAAGCAUAAAAAGCGGAAGCAUAAAGCUGAUCACGAUAAGAAUAAAAAGAAGAAGAAGGAGGAGCGGUCGAAACAGAGUGAGGAGAGGGAGCUCCAGUUGAAAAUUAAUGACUUGAGGAAUAAAAUUAAGGGGAAUCAGAGAAGUAGGAGCGUGGAGCGGCGAAGUCGGAGUAGGGAGAAGAGGAGUAGGAGUAGGGACAAACGUAGUAGAAGCAGAGAUGAAGAUUUUUAUCGGAAGAGUGACAAGAGUAGGGAACCUAGAGCAAGAGAUAGGGAUAAGUACAAAGAUUAUGACCAUAAAAGUAAAAGAAAAGACAACUCUUUUUACAAAGAUGAAGAUAUAUGGAGACACAGGAGUCACCACGAGAGGGAGAGGCGCCACCGAGACCGCUCCUCAUCAAGGGAUUCUUCACACAUAGAUAAGAAAAAACUCUUAGAAAUAGCUAGAAAGAACGCCAUUCAGAUGAUGAAAUCUGGCAGCUUACCGGGGGCAUUAACUUUAGGUCCUCAGGCUCAAGAAAAAGUCAUUGCUGCUAUUAGAGCAGGAGGAAAGACGAUAGAAGAACUAACAGAUUUUUGUAAAACCUUGUCAAAGAAGGAGGAAUUAGGGGAACUCUCUAGUAACACAGAAAAUGGAAGUGAUAGUGAUACUGAUAAACCCUUCCAUCACCCUUUCCAGAUCAAAGAUCGGCCUACUUCUAUAACAAUGAAUAUUAAAAAUUCCGUACCUUUGCCUAUUAAAUCAACGCAAGAAAGAACUAGCGAGUUACGCCUUCAGUUUCCAGUUAGUAGUGGUCAAUUACAUCGAAAGUCUGAAAAUGAGUGGGUGCCCGUUUCACCCAAAAAACCCCCAGAACCAGUUCCACCACCCAAAGUUGCUGAAACACCAGCUGCACCAGAACCUGUGCCUCCUGUGGUUCCUGUGGCUCCUAGUGCACCUCCAGGACCACAAAUCUUUCCACAACCUAUAGAAGCGUCAGUGGAUAUAGGUUCAAUUGUUUCUCAAAGACUGACUGCCAUAAGGAAGCUCCAAGAAAAUCCCAAUGACGUGCAGGCGCUAACCCAGAUGUACAAAUCCAACCAAGAGAUGCAAUCCUGGGCUCAGAGUAAGCAGCAGCCUGGCCAGUUCACAGGCACCACUGGAGCUCAGGUUCUUUCUCAAGCGGAACUGUCCUCAGGUUACCAAGCCUGGGCGAAAAAGGACCAACUCACCGCUGCUACCCCCGUCUCGGGAGGGAUGGGCAUGCAUCUGCUCCAGAAGAUGGGGUGGAAGCCGGGAGAAGGGCUGGGCAAGGAGAAAACGGGAGCGCUGGAGCCGCUGCUGCUGGAGGUUAAGCUGGAUAAGAAGGGGCUAGUGGCCAACGAAGAGCAGAAGAAGAAGAAGAAACAAGGACCGACGCAGUGGAGCAAUUAUGCGAUACAGAAUAAGCACCCGGUGUCGCUGCUGGGGGAGUACGCGUCGAAGAAGAAGUUGGGGGCGCCGCAGUACACGCUGUGCUUCGAAUGCGGGCCAGACCACAAGAAGAACUUCCUCUUUAAGGUCGUCCUGAACGGAGUGGAGUACAAACCCAACGUCGCAAGUCCUAACAAAAAGGAAGCUAAAGCCGCAGCUGCCACGGUUUGUUUGCAACAUCUAGGACUCCUCCAAUAGGUCGUUGCCAUGUAUAUAAGUCACUAGUAUUUACAAAAUAAAUUUAUCAUCUCAAAUUAAAUACAA